CUGCCUCCGAUCUUGUCUUCUUCUUCCUCGUCUACUCCCUCCCUCUCCCCUCCCGGCCGGAGAUCCGCCCCGCAGCCUACGCGGCAGAUCGGCGGCGAUGCAGUUCUUCGGCGGGUCGUCGCUGACCUCGGUCGCGCCGGAGGCGAGCCCGGCCCCGGCGGCGCCCCCAGGCACGGGCACGGGCGCCAACGCGCAGGUGCUCUACGUCUUCAACCGCAACGGCGUCUGCCUGCUCUACCGCGAGUGGCACCGCCCGCUCCGCACCCUCGACCCCACCCAGGACCACAAGCUCAUGUUCGGCCUCCUCUUCUCCCUCCGCUCAUUCACCACCAAGAUCGACCCGACCACGGCUGAAAUGGGAAAUCUUGGUGUGCCACUACUGCCAGGCCAAGGCUGUUCAUUCUAUAGCUUCAAGACAAACACGUACAAACUGAACUUCAUGGAGAGCCCUUCUGGUAUCAAGCUUAUUCUAAUUACACAUCCAAGGACUGGUGAUCAGCGAGAUUCGCUGAAGCAUAUCUACAACCUAUAUGUCGAGUAUGUUGUAAAAAAUCCUCUGUAUGCUCCUGGCACACCAAUCAAGUGUGAACUUUUCAAUAAACAUCUCGAUCAAUAUGUGAGAACAUUAAUCUGAUAUCAUUGAGACAUGGGUGGUGCGGCAUUAGGUAAAAUGGGUGCCAUGUUCUUUAGCAUGGUGUGUUCACCAUGCUGUUUGAUCAGUCUCAAGGGUGGUAGAGAUUUUUCUGAUGGAAGAUUUGCCAUGUUCUCGCCGUGCUUCCACAGUUGCACCAUGUAUUUAGAUGGACAGAUGGUACAAAGCUGCUAUCUUCUUGUCUUGUAUACCGACUUCAAUUUGAUUAGCACUAUUGUGGCAGCACUCCUGUAGAUUACUUGUUGAUCAUGAUGGAUGCCCUCGAGGUGGGAACUGUAUUGUCGCAUUUGCCUUCAGAUGAUUAAUCCAUGAGUUAUGUUCAGGUUUUCCUCUUCAGUUGCUUACCAGAUAUGUACUACAUGAGUUCAGAAAAAAAAAUAUAUGUACUACAUAGUAUUUGUUUGAA